AUGAGGCCCAACGCUUUGAUUGUACGCCCGAAGGACACGCAGCGGUACUUGGAGGUGCUCAAACAAGUAAAGCAGCAGAUACCCCCCGGCCAGGCUCGUGACUGCGUCAACAAAAUCCGCAGAACGACCACGGGAGAUAUGCUGAUCAUCCCAUCAAAGGAUGAGGAUGAAGCUGGCCUCUUACACAAGGCGAUAGUUGAACUCCUUGGAAAAGAGGCUGAUGUCCUCAGUGAAGGGCCACAGGAAGAGCUUCAGAUCAAAGACCUUGAUGAGCUGACGACGAAGGAGGAGGUGCUGGAGCCCCUCAAACUCGCGGCGGGAGCAGAUUGCCAAAUUGCCCCGGAUGCCAUCAGAUCUUUGCGCAAGGCCUACAGAGGUACCCAGACUGCAUUAGUGACGGUGGCUGUAGCGGUAGUGAAUAAAGUCCUAGGCGAUCGCGGUAGGAUCCGUAUAGAAUGGGUGAACUGCCGAAUCCGAAGGGUGGAGACAGUGACCAAGUGCUUCAAGUGUUGGCACUAUGGACAUCUCGCCAUCAAAUGCAAGAGCCAAGUGGACAGAGCGAAGCUCUGUACAAAAUGUGGCGAAGAGGGACACAAAGCUGCUACAUGUGGAAAAGAGGCCCGCUGUGUCUUAUGUGCUGAGAGAGAUCCAUUGAAGGACUGUGCUCAUACUGCUGGUAGCAGCAGAUGCCCUGUCUUCAGGGAGGCACACCAGCAGGUGAAUAGGAAACGAUAA